AUGAAAUUGUUAAUUUGUAAUUUUUUAUUUGUGUGUUUAAUAACCACAAGAGGAGAAAGUAAAUUGGAAGAUUGUCAUUUUAGUAAACUUUUAAAAAUGGAAAUGCAAAUAAAUAAUUAUCUAAACUGGAAUCAAUGA